GAGAUAUGCUACAUGACACCGUCCUUUCCCUCUCUCGCUGAGUGCUGGAGGGAGCGGACUCUCACCAAGUAGGCGGGCACUGGCAGCGGGAGGGUUAAGGGGCGGCGCUGUGCAUGCCGGGUAAGCGGACGCGGCCAUUGUAACUUCCUGCCCGCACUGUUGCUGAAGGAGAGAGCGGUCACGAUGAGGCUCGUCACCCCCGGCGCCCGGUACCUCUCUAGAAGACUGUAUUCUGCAAAAGCAGCCAAAAGGCCUGAAGCUGCUGUUAGUGUGCGUCUUCAUCCAGAGGAGCUUGAGAUCACAAAGUUGCCAAAUGGACUGGUAAUUGCUUCUCUAGAAAACUACUCCCCUGCUUCUAAGAUCGGAGUAUUUAUAAAGGCAGGAAGCAGAUAUGAAAAUGCCAACAGUCUGGGUGUUAAUCAUGUAUUACGUCUUGCAUCUAACUUGACAACCAAGGGAGCCUCCUCUUUUAAAAUAACCCGUGGGCUUGAAGCUGCCGGUGCUGCAUUAAGUGUGACUUCUACAAGGGAGAACAUUGUGUACUCCGUUGAGUGUCUGAGAGACUAUGUGGAUACUGUAAUGGAAUAUCUCAUAAAUGUCACUACUGCCCCAGAAUUCAGAAGAUGGGAAGUCGCUGACCUGUCUGGUAGAAUAAAGCUUGACAAAGCUUUGGCCUAUCAAACGCCACAAAUUAGCAUUUUGGAGAACCUUCAUGCAGCAUCUUACCGCAACACUCUUGCUAAUUCCUUAUUUUGUCCCGACUACAGAAUUGGAAAAGUUUCACCAGACGAGUUGCAGCAGUUUGUGCAGAAUAAUUUCACAAGCGCAAGAAUGGCCCUGGUUGGACUAGGUGUCAGCCAUUCAGUCCUCAAACAAGUUGGAGAGCACUUCCUCAACAUCAGAAGUGGUAGCGGCUCCGCCGCUGUGAAAGCGCAGUAUCGCGGAGGUGAGGUCCGAGAGCAGAAUGGAGAUGACCUGGUCCAUGCUGCUAUUGUGGCAGAAGGAGCAUCUGUUGGGAGCCCUGAAGCAAAUGCGUUUAAUGUCCUGCAGCAUGUUCUUGGGGCCGGGCCUUACAUCAAGAGGGGGAGCAACACUAGCAGCAAGUUGUCUCAAGCAGUCACCAAGGCAACUAGUCAGCCCUUUGACGUUUCUGCAUUCAAUGCCAACUACUCAGAUUCUGGUAUCUUUGGAGUUUAUACAAUUUCGCAGGCAGCUGCUGCAGGAGAUGUAAUUAAAGCUGCAGUUAACCAGGUGAAAGCGAUUGCCCAGGGCAGCAUUACAGAGGCUGAUAUAACAAGAGCUAAGAACCAGCUAAAAUCCCAUUACCUGCUGUCCGUGGAGAAUUCCUCUGGGCUGUUGAAUGAAAUUGGCUCCCAGGCAUUGUCGUCCGGAUCUUACGUAUCACCAGCUGCUGCCACCCAGCAGAUAGACUCUGUCACCAGCGCUGAUGUUGUUAAUGCUGCAAAGAAGUUUGCUUCUGGAACCAAGUCUUUGGCAGCUUCCGGGAACUUGGAAAACACCCCAUUUGUUUCUGAUCUGUAGUUUCCGAAAGACACUCGCAACAGCAGAUGUUUCAGGCUUAGAAUUGAAGUGUGGACUAUCCCAAUAGAUCUUCACGACUUUUGUUCCACAGAGUUUAAAGCAAAUUAUUUAUGAUGUCAGACCAUACAUGUAAAUUGUAACGGGGAAUCAAGGAAGGCUUUCAGUAAUGAUCUAUGGGGAAACAUACUAGUGUGUUGUUUAACAGCAUAACAUACAAUAAAAGAUUACUAUUUCUA